UACAGGAAGUCAUCCCAUGAUCAUGAUCCUAGUGUCCAUCUGGAUGCGGACUUCCAGCCAGACACACAAGAGCCACCUGAAUGGGCCAAAGAGCUUAUGAACGGAAUGAUAAAAGUGCAACAGCGUCUUGAAACCCUCAGCCCUCAGUCAUUGCAUGCGCCCAUGCCACCUCACAGCCAACAGUCAUAUGCCGAGUCUGCUGUUUCUCGAGAGCAAUAGAAAACAUGGAUCAGUACGGCCAAACCCCGCGCACUCAAACUGUGAAUAUCAACACGCAGCCCACUGGCACGAUUCCAGAAUCGGUGUACCAAAA